CCAGUCUAGAUACAUGUACUUCUAUCAGGUUAUGAGUAGGCCUACUGUGGAUGCUUUCAGCGUAGCGUUAUGGCUUGCAUUGUCCUCGUCCGAAUUUCUGUCCUUCUUGGUCUGUGUCUGGAGGUGUUAUCGUUUGGAAAUGGUAUACGGAGAGACAUACCCGGUCUGAUGUUUUGGCCCCGCCCAAACGUGCAUAACAUCCGGGACUCCACGCUUGAGAUCACCGUUGAUGACCCAUCGACCUACCGAGACCACGUCUGGAGACUAGAGUCAUAUCUCAAAGCAGAAUACGUCACCAGGCGCCUGGACGACACCAACAAUGUGUACGACUGUAGUCCUUUCUCGUUGCGCCCGGAGACCAUGCCACAAGAAGCUGUCUGUCGCUUCGACAUCGCCUCGCUGGGACCCUGCAACGCCCAAGAGAACUAUGGCUAUAGUAGCGGGGAGCCCUGUGUCAUACUCCGUCUUGGGCGUCUUCUCGGAUGGAAACCCAGAAACUACUCCAGGAUCAAGAUCACCUGUAGCGGAAGGGAACCUAUCGACAGGAGCAACAUGGGAAAGGUCUACUACUAUCCAUCCCAAGUCGUUGACUCGAAGUACUUCCCCUUCCUGAACCAGGCCAACUACAUGCUGCCGUCAGUGGCGGUCAAGUUCAAGGGCCUCACCCGCGGGACCCUGGUCAAGUUGGCGUGUUCCGCCACGGAUUCUUCCGGCGAGGUCGGCAAUAUUACAUUCGAAAUACUGAUGAGAUAGACGAGACCAAAUGUAGCUCUCUUCAACAAAAACUACAAAAAGUUUAUCUUCGUCUGCUACAUGUCUCAUGGGAAAUCAGUCGGAAGUGCAAGAAAAAGGCAACAAUAAGCUAACACAAAAUUGUAACUUGGAUUCGUGGAAUGCUUACAUGACCCUUUAACACCACGUGGCCGGCGCAUGACAAUUCGUUGUCAAGCUACUAUAUAAUAUACCGGACAACUGCGUUGAUACCGAAGUGCAGUUUCUUGUCAUCAUCGGUACGAACAUUAAAACUCACAAAUUCAUCACAUAUUGUAUUAUGUGGUUUAAAAUGGUUCCUGUAUCUCAUUGGUGGUAUGAGAAAAAUUUUCCUCACGCGCCCAGAUAUGUUUUCACUGAUUGAAAUAAUCACUGUCAAAUGACGGAUAUAUUGGUUUAAAACAUCAGCAAAAAUAAGCUGGAACCCAAGCGUAGCAAUGGCUGUUCUAAGAACGCCACCAUGAUAUACUUCGACUUGCGCAACUGCGUAAUCAAGACUGCUGCGAAAUUGACAAACUAUGACUUUCUCACGAUUCAAAACGUAGGUGAAUAUGUCCCCAUUCAGAGCGAGUCUUGUCCCACAGUUUCUGUUGCCAACGGAACGUUGUAGACAGUGAUUGGAACCAUCAGCGACCAUUCUGCCUUUGCCGAAGUGUAUAGUAUUUGUUUUAUACGAUGUCCUGUAAAGCUUGAUUAUAUAAAAACAUCUCCUGAA